AUGUCAGCCGCACCAGAGAGGCCAAGCACGAGAAUAGCGUCGAUGUGCGCCGCCGCGGAGACCGCGCGGGUCACGCACUCAUUCAAGGUCGUUGGCAGGAGCGUGCACAAGGGCUUCGGGGUCGGGAUGAGCGUCCGCUCUGCCACCUUCUCCGCCGGAGACCACAACUGGUGCAUCAAAUACUAUCCCAACGGAAACGCCGACAACUGCAAGAACUAUGCCUCCGUCUUCCUCGAGCUCGUCAGCAAAAAUACCGAGGCGACUGUGCUCUACGACUUCAGGCUGGUCAACCAGGCCACUGGGCUUUCAUCCUCCUUGUUCUCAUCUAAGGCGUUAUUCAACGAUGAAAAGCCAAGCUGGGGCCCCCGAAAGUUCAUCAUCAAGAGCGAUCUGGAAGCAUCAGGAUACCUGAAGGAUGACUGCCUCGAGAUCGAGUGCGACCUCACUGUAAUCAAGGUGGAUGAGAUUGAUGUGCCACCACCGAAUCUGCAGGAUGAUCUUCAAAAGCUUCUGGAGUCGGAGGAAGGGGUGGAUGUGACAUUCAAGGUUAAAGAAGAGGUGUUCCAAGCCCACAGAAUUGUGCUUGCGAUGAGAUCGCCCGUUUUCAAGGCUGAGCUCUAUGGACCGAUGAGGCACAACAAAAAGGGGGGCAUAGUAGUUGAAGAUAUAGAGCCUCCUGUUUUCAAGGCCUUGCUUCACUUCAUCUACACUGAUUCUUUGCCCAUCAUGAAUGAUCUUGAUGCAAAGGACCAUCAUGAAAUGGUCAAGCAUUUGCUUGUGGCUGCUGAUAGGUAUGGCUUGGAGAGGAUGAAGUUGAUGUGCGAGAGCAUUCUUUGCAAGAAGCUUGCCAUUGACAGUAUUGCAACCACUAUAAUUCUAGCUGAUCAGCAUCACUGCAGCAAGCUCAAGGAUGCCUGCUUUCAAUUCAUCAACUCUUCAAACAGAAUGGAUGAUGUGGUGGCAAGCCAAGGGUACAACGACCUCAAAAGAGAAUGUCCUGCUCUAACUAUAGAGAUUUGGGAGAAAGCAGCCAAAUCUCGUAAGAUUUAG